ACUGUACCGGUCAGUUUGCAUAUACUGUGCCGUCGUGCAAGGAUGUUGAGUUUGCGCGUUUUUUCCGUCGCGGCCUUUGCUGUCGCUGCCGUCGCGACGGUCGUCGACGCCGGGAAAGUGAUCUGCUACUACGAUGGAUGGUCUUACCAUCGAGAGGGAGUGGCAAAGACCUCAAACAUCACAGAAGCAGCCACACUCUGUGAUCAGCUGUACUACGGCUUCUACAAAAUAAACUCGGACUAUGAACUCGAAACCUCCUACAAAUACCCUUACGUGAAGGGCGCCAACAUCGCGACAGCAAAUAACAUGAAAGCGAUCAACCCUAACCUGAAAGUACUUCUAGUUGUGGGCGGAAAUGUGCCCAACAAAAAAUCGGACCGAGCUCUGAGUGUGGUUGAGACCCCGGAAAAACGUACAACUUUCAUAAACUCCGUCCAUAAAACAAUUAUGGAUUACAACUACGAUGGAGUGGAUUUGGGUUGGCAGUGGCCAGAAUCCUUCAGGGAAGAAGACAAGCCAAUCAUGGAAUCCGGAUUCAUCAGCAGCGUAAAGGGUUUGUUUGGUUUGGUGAAAGAGAAAUUCCGCGAGGAGCAGUCCGUUUACCGGGAAGGCUUCAGCGCUUUGGUUCGGGAGCUGAAAGCAGUUUUGAAACCUGACAACAAAAUUUUGUCCAUUUCAGCAUUACCUCAUGUGAACACGACAGCUUACUUUGACCUCGCAAACUUGAAGGAAAUGACAGAUCAAUUCGUGCUGCACACUUACGAUUACAGAACUCCGCAAUACUUCCCAAAGUUAGCCGACUAUUCGGCGCCCCUUCAUUUCAAAAAUGCCUCGCGGAGACACUCCUCCGACAAUGUUGAAGCAACGGUCGCUCAGUGGCUCUCUGCUGGAGUUCCAAGCGAGAAGCUGAUCAUGAGCAUCCCUACAUUCGGUCGCGCCUGGGAGGUGUUCCCCUCUUCCGAAGAACUGGACAUAGGGAGGGCCAUCGAGAGCUUGUCGCACCCCCCCUGCCAAGCCCAGUCCGCCGCCGAAGCGGGCACCUACACCAAGACCAAAGGCCUCGUCACCUACUACGAGGUGUGCCCUCAUCUGGUCAACUACAGCCCCAACCAGGCCGCCCCAAGCGACUCCCCCGCCGCCUCCAACGUCAGCCACACCACCCUCCUCCACCGUGUCACCGACGCCGAGAAGCGCCUCGGCAGCUACUGCUUCCGGGUCCCGGGGCUCGAGAAAGGGGUCUGGAUCAGCUACGAGGAGCCCGAGACCGCGGCCGUGAAAGCCGCCUUCGCCAAGCUCAAGAAGCUGGGAGGGGUGGCUGUUGUCGAUUUGUCCUUGGACGACUUCAGGGGCAUGUGCACCGGCUCCGCCUUCCCCAUCUUGAAGGCCGUCAAGCAGGGUAUCGCUUAGAUUCCACUCGUGGACAGUCAAGAGAUUUAAGCAA